AUGUUGUUUCCAAAGUUGUUAAGAUACAAUUCCAUAUUAAAGAAUAAGGGAAUCCGUUUAUUCGCGACUAACACGCAACAGCAAACAGAGAAUGUAAGCCCUGUAGUGUAUGAGAAGUUAUUGGGAACCGACAGAGGUAUUGCAUUAUAUGGGUUACACAGUCCCAAAAAUCGCAAUGCAUUGAGUUUCAAUAUGAUCGAAGCUAUGAGAGAAGUCAACCAAUUGAUCAGAGAGGACACCAAAAUAUCUGUAGUUAUACUUCACAGCAUGGUUCCUGGGAUAUUCUGCGCCGGUGCCGAUUUGAAGGAGCGAUUCAAAAUGUCUGAUGAUGAAGUUGCCAAGUUCGUCAAAGGACUCCGAGCAACAUUUAUAGAAAUUGAAGACCUGCCCAUGCCAACAAUCGCGGCUAUAGAAGGUGUAGCUGUGGGAGGUGGCUUGGAGCUGGCCUUAGCAUGUGACAUCCGAGUUGUGGCUGAAACAGCCAAGUUAGGGCUCGUUGAGACUGGUCGGGGUCUUAUCCCUGGGGCGGGGGGUACCCAGAGAUUGCCCAGAGCUGUCAACAUCAAUAUUGCCAAAGAACUUAUUUACACUUCAAGAGUAGUCACUGGCAAGGAAGCAAAGGAAUUAGGCGUCGUCAAUCACGUAGUGCCACAGAACACCGCGAACAAUGCAGCUCUAGAAAAGGCUUUAUCUUUGGGGAGGGAGAUAAUACACAAUGCACCAAUUGCUCUCCGUUGCGCCAAGCAAGCCAUCAAUGAAGGAAUACAACUCAGUAUCAAGGAUGGUUAUGAAGUCGAGCAAAAAUGUUAUGAGAUAAACAUACCCACGAAAGAUCGCAAGGAGGGUAUGAUCUCUUUCAUUGAAAAGAGAAAACCAAUUUACGAAGGCCAUUAG